AUGAUAUAAGAAUGUCUAAUACGGGGACUUGUACGUUAAAUCAGUACAUACAAUUUGUAGAACGAGCAUUUAGAACAGGUCAAGGCACAGUCCUGUCGCGACUGCUAUCAUUACGGGAUGACCACGUUGGAAAUAGAAGUUUACGAUCAAGCGAUAUUGCUACCCUAGUUGAAGGCAAUUGUGUUGAACCUCUUGACGAGAUAAUUAUAGCACAUCUAUUGUGUGCGAAGGCUUUAUGCUUGAAAGAUUAUGAAGAGGCUUAUGAACGACAGAGUUCAUGUGUAGCAAGUGUCGUAAGACUAAUCCAAGCUCAACAAGGAGAAAAUUGGAAUCUUCCGCUUCUUUACACUGUCAGUUUAGACCUGCGGCUAGUAGCACAGAAAGCUGAAGCAACUUACCCAAGUAAUGGAAAAAUACUUGAAAAGGCAGCGGAUAGUCUAUUGGCUGGCUUCAGAGUGUGUGUGGGAGACAAUAGAUCAUCAGAACCAUACUCAAAAAAAAUUGGCAUGUUGAAUAUUGUGAACCAAUUGCUCAAGGUUUACUUUCGCAUUAAUAAAAUUCACUUGUGUAAACCACUUAUUAGAGCAAUUGAUUCAACAAAUCUUAAAGAACCAUUCCCAUUGGCACAACGUAUUACAUACAGAUACUUUGUUGGGCGCAAGGCUAUGUUUGAUUCAGAUUACCAUUCAGCAGAUGAAUUCUUAACAUUUGCAUUCCAAAAUUGUCACAGACAUAGCUUCAAAAACAAAAGGCAAAUAUUAACAUAUUUGGUGCCUGUCAAAAUGUUACUUGGUUUCAUGCCUACCAAGAAAGUGUUGUAUAAGUACGACUUGGCUUUAUUUUGGGAUUUAGCAUGUGCUGUGAAAAAUGGGAACUUAAGAGGAAUUGAUCAAGUCAUGGAAGACUAUGAAAGUUUCUUUAUACAAGCAGGUAUAUACUUGAUAGUAGAGAAACUAAAGAUAUCUGCAUAUAGAAACUUAUUUAAAAAGGUUUAUUUAGCAGAAAACUCCCAUCAGAUAGACAUAGCAAGUUUUCAGGCAGCAUUGCAAAUUAUGGGUCAUGAUGAUGUUGAUGCAGCAGAAACACAGUGUAUUGUUGCAAAUCUGAUUUAUGAUGGUAAAAUAAAAGGUUAUAUCUCAUACCAACAUCAGAAAGUAGUUGUUAGUAAACAAAAUGCUUUCCCACCUUUGACAAGUUUAUGUUAA